AUGACAAAACCGAAUACGAGCGCAGACAGUGGUUUCGGUGCACCAUUGUUGGCUGAUAUCUUUGAAGCCACGGUGACGAACCACUUGAAGUGUCCUCGGCCAGUUGAUGAACCGAAUCACUUGAUGUUGGGUUCCCUGUGUGGUACCACCUUAGGUGUAUCCCUGGACGAAGGACGUCGAGCUUUUGCAGAAGCGUUGUUUCCUGUGAUCAUGUCUGAUGGUUUGGCCUUGGGUCAGAAACCGCUGAAUGGCGAUUCGUGGAAAAUUUUAAUUUUUCCAUUUAUGUCAGAAUGCCCAGUUGGUUUUGUUUGGCCAGCAACAAUUAGCUAUGCCGAAUUCUGUGAUUCUCUGGAGAAUCGCAAUAGUGAGGUUUUUGGGGGAUUGUUGCAUCUUCUCAGCACCCAAAAGGCGGCAAUUCAAAAUUGGUUUGACGCCCUCAAUGCUAAUUCUCAGGUGUUUGGUGUGCCUGUGGUAUCAGCUCUUCCUCUGUGGGAUAAUUUUCCAACUAUAGAUAACCCUAAUGGACAAUCGCUGAUUGGUGAUUGUAAGCAGUUGGCACCGUUUCAGGUCCAACAAGAUCGUUUCUUGCGCAAUCAUUUCUCUCAAAUUGUGAGACGUGGACCUAUCGCUGCCCAAUCCAAGGCGUUCCAGAUGGCGCGGAUGCAGUAUCAUAUGUUCCUUAAACGCGGAACAUUGGAAUAUCCAUUGGAUCAAGGUGGUGGUGGCACCCUAUCUGCUGAAUGCCAACCUUUUCUGAGUCAAAUGAUGCGACCCAUGGAUGGAUGGAACGAUGAUGGCCCGAAUUGGUGUGCCAACUUUACACUGGACCCAGUGGAGGUCCCGUCUCCCUUCCAUCUUUAUCCAGUCAAAGAUAUUCCCAAAACAGCAAAAGCACCUCCAGGUUAUAAACCACAACGUCUGGUGCGACCUGUGGAAGAAGAACCAGGGGAUCUUUUGAUGAUUUUCUAG